AUGUCUUACCAAAUGUAUGCCUUUGGCAGCAAUGGGGAGGGGCAACUCGGGCUACCUGCUGCGGAAAUUGUUGACGUGCCGACCAAAGUUUCCAGUUCGCUGCCUCUCGCAGAUAUUUCUGCAAUACAAGGAGGUGACAACCAUACUUUGAUCUUAUGCAAAGAUGGAGUCAUUCAUGGAGUCGGCGACAAUCGCAAGGGUCAAUUAGGCUCUUUGGGAAAUGAGUCUCAAAUCCAAGUCUUCCAGAAACUUUAUGAAAAUGCAUCGUCGAUUGCGGCUACUUGCGAAUCCUCUGCAUAUGUCACGAGAAGCGACUCUGGGGAGAGCUACAUCUACACUGAGGGUACUGGUCAAUGGGGAGAACUCGGUCGUGAAGAGCAGGCCGUCCCUGAGACAUCGACCCGUAUCGCUACGCCACUUCCUGGUAGAAUUAUCGACUUUGCUGCAGGAGUUUGGCACUAUGUAGCUGUUCUCGACGAUGGCUCAGUCUAUGGCUGGGGAAAAGCUCGCCUAGGUCAACUUGGUGAUAGUCUUCCUGGCAAAGUUACGACUCCGACGAAGAUUAACGACAUACCGUUCAAGCCAACCAAAGUGGUCUGCGGCAAGGAUUUCACAUACCUUGUUGGAGAGCCAUCUUCUGGAGAACACAUACUACUGGGCAAAGACAAGUUCAAUAUCAUUUCAAACAUGCCGGAACACAUCAAGGAUUGGAAAGAUAUCGGUGCUACAUGGCAUGCAAUCUUUGUCUUAUUCAAUGACGGGUCGCUCACCGCAUGGGGGAAAGAGAAUAUGUGGAAAUUGCUACCACAAAAUUUGCCGCUUCUAAAUAAGAUUGCUGUGGGCUCGGAUCAUGUGCUUGCGGUAACAAGAGAUGGUGGGUUGAUAUCUUGGGGUUGGGGCAAACACGGGAACUGUGGUAACUUGGCGAAUGUAAAGCAAGAGAUUAAAAAUGACAUGGUUAGCGGCUUUUGGAGCGAGAUUGAGGUUUCUGGUAAGAUAGAGACUGUUGGGGCUGGGUUUUGCACUAGCUUUGUUAUCACGAGAUGA